UUGUAUCCACUUAAAUCAGCCACUUCGAGGUCCUGAACAGGCACACACUCCAGUGAGAGUCGGAGCUGAUCCUGAGGGGAGCAGAGAGUAGCUCCGAGGCAUUUCCAUUUUCCACCGCGGUAUCAAUCAACCGUCCUGAUAAGAGUUUCUGAACUAUGGCACCGAAUAAAUCAAGGAAUCGCCGGACAAGAGUGGUGCCCAACCGGAGCUAUGACCACAGGCCGUCAAGUUCUAUGGCGGGUACGAGACCCUCGCACUUCUUCAAGAUCAUACUCCCCUCUACCAUUGACGACAAGAAACUGAGGAUCCCUGAAAAGUUUGUAAGGGAAUUUGGGGAUGAACUGUUUGCUGUUGCUACACUCACUACUCCAAAUGGUCAUUUUUGGAAAGUGAGAUUGGAGAAAUCCGACAAGGAGAUUUGGUUUCAUGAUGGUUGGCAGGAUUUUGUGGAUUACUAUUCUAUUCAUUAUGGCUACUUUUUAGUCUUCAGAUAUGAAGGGAAUUCAAUAUUCCAUGUUCUUGUAUUUGAUAAUACUGCAACUGAGAUUGAGUAUCCACGGAGCAAGAAUUGUAAAUUGGAAGAUCAGGUGGACGUGGUGGAAUUAUCAGAUGAUGCAAAAAAAUCAAGGCAUGGCAAGGUGAACGAAAAUGAAAUAUUUAACUCAGAUAAGCUGUCGGCAAAACAUGAAGUAUAUAGAGGAAGAUAUGUUAGUGAAAGAUUUUCUGGCACAUCUUCAGAAGGAAGACUCAUGAUGUUCAGUGGAAUAGAGAGAGUGGUCCAAGCAGCAAGAAUGUUCAAGCCUGAAAGUCCUUCAUUCAUGGCCAUCUUGCGGCAACAUUUGAUGUAUAAUCCUAUUUUGUAUGUGCCUGCUAGAUUUGCCAUCAAGUAUCUUCCUAAGCAGGAUCAAUUUGUCAAACUUGAGAAUACUGAUGGACAACAAUGGCAUGCCCGGUGCUAUAGCCAUGGCUGCUCACGUUCAGCAAAGAAUAUAGGGUGGGGUAGGUUUUACAGGGAGAAUAAUUUAGGAAGAGGAGAUGUGUGUGUCGUUGAGCUGAUCAAGUGGGAGCCUGUUGUGCUUAAGGUCUCAAUAUUUCGCAUGGCUGACUAUUGACUAAGCAGUGAAUUGUAAAAUGUCUGACAAAGAUAACUUGCUUAAACCCAGGAUGGGGUGAUCUUUGAUGUCUA